AUGUUUACCAGACGGAGAAGGAGACGCGGCCCCGGAGAAAAUCCUCGACCGUUCUCGACAGCGGCCCUGGGCGUCUGCGCUCCCAGAUCCCCCAGGAAACGUGCCCCCUCGGGUGACUCCCCCUUCCGUGCAGACAAACCUCCCAGACACUCGUGCCGGCCCCACCCCCAAGCCCUCGGUGCUGCGCCACUCGCACCCCCCCCCCGCAAAACCCCCGGGGCGAAGGACAGCCCCCCUCCCCGCAAAGAAGGAUCCGCGCCAAACCCUGCGCAAACGGCCCGGGGAUCCGAACCCCGCUCGGCGCUGAGCGCGCUUCCCCGAGGCCGGGAACCCCCCACCCCGGGGCGGGGGUGCAGAGGAGCCGGGAAACGCCGGCCUCGGUCGGGCACCGAGCUGCGGCAACCGAACGCGUCUCCCCGCGCCCGGGGGUCCCCCCGAACUUUGCGCUCGCCGCUCCCGCCGCGAGAGGGAAACGCGCCCUCGAACUCGGAGCCCCCGCCCGGCUCGGGCCCCCCCACCCCGCCGCCAGGUCUCGGGGCGCAAGGGGGGAACCCCCGGAAGCGCAAAGGGUCCCCCCAGAGGGUCUCCGGGUUUCGGGGCGCGGAGCGAGAAGGCUCACCUGGCCGGGAGAGCGUGCGCAGCGCGGGGAGCCGAGCGGCGAGUUGUGGCGCCAAGCGGAGCAACUCGCAAAGUGCUCGCGGCCAGCGGCGUGCGCCACGCCCCCUGCGCCGAGAGUCGGGGGUGGCGCCCCCCGCGGGGCUCCCGCGCCCCCUCCGAGGGCUGCCCGCCAGCCUGCCCGCGGGCGUGCGGGAAAAGCUGCGCGCGCACGGCCCCGGAGCCGCCGCCGCGCCCGCUGCGAGCCCGCGAGCCCGCACUGCCCGGCGCUGCCCUGCGCUGCCCCGCCGGCCUCGGCCCCCUCGGCCACCCCGGUCAUCCUGGCCACCCCGGCGGCUCUCACGGGCGCGCUCUGCCGGCCGAUGCCUCCCCGCGGCCACGCUGGAGGCGUGGUCGUGUCGGUGA